CCUUCCCGACAUCUUCCACGACUCUUUCCAGAUGCUGCGUCCUUUUGUCGUCAGACCUGAGCGGCUGACGAGACAUCUGUGUACUCUAUACGAGACUUCGACGCAGCACAGCUUAGCACCAGCAUGGCGACGUAUCCCACAGUCCCAUCACCAGCGUCGUCCGCUGAGCAAUUCGACACGCGCAUUGGCUCCCUCAUCGUCAUCGUCCUCUGCUCGAACAAUAUCCAUAGACAAAUAUCAGCAUUUUGACCCAAGACCAGCCCUAGAUUCAGCUGGUCGAGUUCCGAUUGCUCCUUACGAUGCCGCACCUCUAGCAUGUUCUGCACCAUCUUACCCAAAGGGCCAUCUCAUCAUCCAUCCCUACAGCCAGCCAAGACCUCAAGAGACCUGGCCUGCUGCCGUCGAGUCUGUAUGCCCCCUCCUCGUAGAGCUCGGCAACCGGACCAAGCAGCAGCUGUCAGGAUGGGGCGUGGCAUUUUCCGACGGUGACCAGAAAGUCACAGCGCAGAAGGAAGCUCGCUUUACACCGUGGGAUGUUACGACCUCAAAGGUGGCGAGGCCCAUUGCCGGUGAUGCCAGUGAAGAGGAAGAGUUCCUCAUUCGGAUCUAUCAAGGCAAUGGCACUCACGCCACCAUCGGACCUUACUCGCUUCAGACGUUGCCUGCUGAUCUGACUCCGACAAUCGAGAGGGCGAUCCAGCUGGCGCCGAUACCCUCGGCGCGCUACCCCAAGACGACCGAGGAAUCCCAUGUUUACGUUUGUACGCAUGGGUCCAGGGACUGCAGAUGCGGUGUGGUAGGAACAGAGCUGCGAGACAAGCUCAGGGAAGAAGUUCGGACACACGAAGUGAGGACUUUAGGUGAGGGAAGCAAGAAGGUCAGGGUGUUUGGUAUCAGCCAUGUGGGAGGUCACAAGUGGGCAGCAAAUGCUCUGCUCUACCCUGCUGGAGACUGGUAUGGGAAUUUGAGGGUCUCUGAUUCUCCGCUGAUUCUUCGAUCCGCCCUGGCUCCUUCCACCUCGCGGCAUGAUCUGACGGAUCAACGGGAACGCCUGGUCCACUGGCCGCGCUGGAGAGGGCGUCUCGGUCUCACGGAGGAGCAGAUGCGCAAAGUGUGGGACGAGUGGGGCGGCGGGACAGUGGAGACGGCUGUGAUACAGCCGAUUGUCCGCCGGAGGGCGGCGUCGCCUCAGUCGUCCCAAUCAGUCGCUGCCUCGCCUGAGCCGGCGGUGAGCCCUAAUCCUACGGUCAUUGCGUCUCACUCGAUUCCUUUCAGGAAACACAGUGGCGACGUCGUCUUUGUCGAUGCCAAGAUCGGGGAGAACCUCAAAGACGUGGCUCAAAGAGGAGGUCUGGAGGAGAUCGAGGCGACUUGUGGCGGCAAGUGCGAAUGCGCAACAUGCCAUGCGUACCUGGCAAAUCCAGCUUCGCUCUCACCGCAAGUCGCUGGAUCUGCGACUUCGACUGAGACGAUCACUUAUGCCCUUGAUUCGAACCUCAAUGACCCGCUUCCGGUCGAUGUCCUUCCCGCCGCUACGGACGAAGAGUCAGACAUGCUCGACUACGCCAUCUCUCGAAAGACGACUUCCCGCUUGUUGUGUCAAGUAACUCUCACACAAGAACUUGUAGACUGGUUCGGCAGGGGCGGGCGCGUACAGCUCUCGCGGUACUGAUGGAGAGCUCGACAUUAGAUCCGAGCCUUCGAAAGUCUGUGUCUGUUCCCAUUGUCAUCUCAACUUGGCCAUUGUACCAUAAUCUCAUAGCAUUUGCGGUAAGCCCGUGUCACC